GCCAUGAGGAACUUCAAAGGAGCCAACUUUGGUACUCUGCUAAGUAGCCAGAAAGAGACCGAAGAUUUGCUGCCUAGCUUGAAGGAGUUCCUGUCCAAUCCUCCAGCUGGUUUUCCCAGCUGCCGAUCUGACGCUGAGAGGAGACAAGUUUGUGAUGCUAUCCUGAGGGCUUGCAACCAACAGCUAACUGUCAAGCUAGCUUGUCCUGGGCACCUGAGGAGCUUGCUGGAGUUGGCAGAACUGGCCUGUAAUGGCUACUUGGCAGCCACCCCCCAGCGCCCUCCACUCUACCUGGAAAGAAUUCUCUUCAUCUUACUGCGGAAUGUUGCCACACAGGGAAACCCAGAGGCCACGCUACACCUGGCUCAACCCCUCCAUGCCUGCUUGGUACAGUGCUCUCGCCAAGCUGCUCCCCAGGAUUAUGAGGCAGUGGCUCAGGGCAGCUUUUCUCUGCUUUGGAAGGGGGCAGAAGCCCUGCUGGAGCGGCGGGCUGCAUUGUCAGCUCGGCUGAAGGCCUUGAGCUUCCUAGUACUCUUGGAGGAUGAAAGUACACCUUGUGAGGUUCCUCUCUUUGCUUCUCAAACAGCCUGUCGAGUGGUGGCUGCCCAUCAGCUAUUUGAUGCCAGUGGGCAUGGUCUGAGUAAAGCAGAUGCUGAUUUCCUAGAUGACCUGCUCUCCAGGCAUGUGAUCAGAGCCCUGGUGCGUGAGGGAGGGGGCUCUACAGGGCCUCUUUCUCCCCAGAGGGCCCUCUGCCUCUUGGAACUCACCUUGGAAUGCUGCCGUCGCCUCUGUUGGAGCUGCCACCAUGAUAAGGCCACCAGUACAGUAGAGAAAGCUUAUGGUUACCUAAAGAACACCAGUCUAGCCCCCAGCCUCCAGCUGUGCCAGUUGGGGGUUGAGCUGCUACAGGUUGGGGAGAAAGGACCCCAGGCAGUGGCCAAGCUUCUGAGCAAGGCAUCAGCUGUCCUGAACAACGGUAUGGAGGCACCGUCACCUCCACUUCGGGCAUUGUAUGACAGCUGCCAGUUCUUCCUUUCAGGCCUGGAGCGAGGUGCCAAGAGAUGCUAUGGACCUGAUGCUCUUCUGAGCCUCUUUGCUUUUCUUGGAGGAUACUGCUCCCUUAUCCGGCAGCUGCAGGAUGAUGGCGUCUGUGGGGGCUCCUCCAAGCAGCAGCAGUCUUUGCUUCAGAUGUACUUCCAGGGACUUCAACUCUACACUGUGGUGGUCUAUGACUUUGCCCAAGGCUGUCAGGUAGCUGAUUUGGCUGACCUGGCCCAUCUAAUGGAGAGUUGCAAAUCUACUGUUGUCUGGAUGCUGGAGGCCUUAGAGGGCCUGUCAGGCAGAGAGCUGACUGAUUACCUGGGGAUGACAGCUUCUUACACCAGUAACUUGGCCUACAGCUUCUACAGUCACAAGCUCUAUGCUGAGGUCUGUGCCAUCUCUGAGCCACUCUGUCAGCACCUGAGCUUAGCAAAGCCAGGCAUGUAUCCUGAGGUGCCUCCUGAGAAGUUGCACAGGUGCUUCCGGUUGCAUGUAGAGAGUUUGAAGAAACUGGGUAAACAGGCCCAGGGCUGCAAAAUGGUGACUUUGUGGCUGGCAGCCCUACAGCCCUGUAGCCCCGAACUCAUGGCUGAGCCAGUCACUUUCUGGGUCCGGGUCAAGAUGGAUGCAGCCAGGGCUGGAGACAAGGAGCUACAGCUAAAGACUCUGCGAGACAGCCUGAGUGGCUGGGACCGGGAUACCCUGGUCCUUCUGCUGAUGGAGGAGCUGCGGGCCUACAAGGCAGUGCGGGCUGACACUGGGCAGGAGCGCUUCAAUAUCAUCUGUGACCUGCUGGAGCUGAACCCCGAGGAGACAUCUGCUGGGUCAUGGGCGCGAGCUACCCACCUGGUGGAACUGGCUCAGGUGCUCUGCUACCAUGACUUUGCCCAACAGACUGACUGCUCUGCCAUGGAUGCUAUCCAGGAAGCCCUGCAGCUUCUGGAGUCUCUGAGGCCCGAGGCCCAGGCUGAGGAUCGGCUUCUUGAUGAUAAAGCACAGGCAUUACUGUGGCUCUACAUCUGUACCCUGGAGGCCAAAAUGCAGGAAGGUAUUGAGCGGGAUCGGAGAGCCCAGGCUCCUAGUAACCUGGAGGAAUUUGAAGUCAAUGACCUGAACUAUGAAGAUAAACUCCAGGAUGAUCGUUUCCUUUACAGUAACAUUGCCUUCAACCUUUCUGCAGAUGCUGCUCAGUCCAAGUGCCUCGACCAAGCUCUGGCCCUGUGGAAGGAGGUGCUUACAAAGGGGCAGGCCCCUGCUGUGCGGUGUCUCCAGCAGACAGCAGCCUCCCUGCAGAUUCUAGCAGCCCUCUAUCAGCUGGUGGCAAAGCCCCUGCAGGCUCUGGAGGCCCUCCUGCUUCUACGGAUCGUCUCUGAGAGACUGGAGGACCAUGCAAAGGCAGCUGGCGCCUCCUGCCACAUCACCCAGCUUCUUCUGACCCUUGGCUGUCCCAGCUAUGCCCAGUUAUACCUGGAACAGGCAGAAUUGAGCCGGAAACUUCUCAGUCGGACCACAGACACGUACCAGCUCCUUUCCCUGACCUGUGACUUACUUCACAGUCAACUCUGCUGGACUCAACAGAAGGUGACAGAGGGUGUCUCUCUGCUGCUGACUGUCCUUCAGGAUCCUGCUCUCCAGAAGUCAUCCAAGGCUUGGUACUUGCUGCGUGUCCAGGCCCUGCAGCUGGUGGCUAUCUACCUUACCCUCUCAUCAAACAACCUCUCAGACUCCCUGUGGGAGCAGCUCUGUGCCCAAGGCUGGCAGACACCUGAGAUAGCCCUCAUAGACUCCCAUAAGCUCCUCCGAAGCAUCAUCCUCCUGCUGAUGGGCAGUGAUAUGCUCUCAAUUCAGAAAUCAGCUGUGGAGACACCAUUUCUGGACUAUGGUGAAAAUCUGGUACAAAAAUGGCAGGUUCUUACAGAAGUGCUGAGCUGCUCAGAGAAGCUGGUCUGCCGCCUGGGCCAGCUGGGUAGUGUGAGUGAAGCCAAGGCCUUUUGCUUGGAGGCCCUGAAACUUACAACGAAGCUGCAGAUACCGUGCCGGUGUGCCUUGUUCCUGGUGCUGAAAGGUAAGCUGGAGCUAGCCCGCAAUGAUGUGGACCUCUGUCAGUCAGACCUGCAACAGGUUCUGUUCUUGCUCGAGUCUUGCACAGAGUUUUGUGGAGUGGCCCAGCACCCAGACUCUGUGAAGAAAGUCCACUUGCAGAAGAGGAAACAGCAAGCCCCGGUCCCCCAACCUCCACAGCUCCCAGAGGAGGAACUCUUCCUAAGAGGCCCUGCUCUGGAACUAGUGGCCACUGUGGCCAAGGAGCCUGGCCCAAUAGCACCAUCUACAAACUCCUCCCCAAUCCUGAAAACCAAGCCCCAGCCCAGUCCUGGCUUCCUGUCCCAUUCACCCACCUGUGACUGCUCACUCUGUGCUAGCCCUGUCCUCUCAGCAGUCUGUCUGCACUGGGUGUUGGUUACAGCAGGGUUGAGGCUGGCCAUGGGCCAUCAGGCCCAGGGUCUGGAUCUGCUACAGAUUGUGCUGAAGGGUUGCCCUGCAGCCACAGAGCGCCUUGCCCAAGCUCUCCAAGCCUCCCUGAAUCAAAAAGCACCACCAUCCCCUGUCCCAAGCCUCUUGGAUGAAAUAUUGGCUCAGGCAUACACACAGCUGGCACUGGAGAGCCUGAGCCAGCCAUCAAACAAAAGCCUCUGGAAGGUCCUGGAGUCAGGGCUGAAGUUUGUAGCAGUGCGGAUACCCCACCUGGAGUCCUGGAGAGCCAACCUGCUCUUGAUUCAGGCCCUUGCAAAGCUAGCUGGCCUCAGCUGCUGCACUACCCAAUUUUUUACAAGCUCCUGGGGCUGGCAGCCACCAUUAAUAAAAAGCCCCCCAGGCUCAGAGCCUUCUAAGACUCGGAGCCAAAAACGUUCUGGACGAAGGCGCCAGCAGGUAGCCUCUGCUCCCCUGUCUAUCCAUAAUACUUCUCAGAAAGGUGUAGAAGGUGGAGGACCACCCUGUACACCUAAGCCCCCAGGCCAGGUCAGGCAGGCAGGCCCUCAUGUCCCCUUCACCGUGUUUGAGGAAGUCUACUCUACAAAGAGCAAGCCUGAGGUUCCCCAGGCCCCCAGGUUACAACAGAGGGUCCAGACACGCCUCAAGGUGAACUUCAGCGAUGACAGCGACUUGGAAGACCCUUUCUCAGCUAAGGCACAGAUGGCAGAGGAGCCUAAGAGACAGGGCACUGCUUCCCGGGGCCGGGCUAGGAAGGUCCUGAGCUUGAAGACUGAUGCAGUGGUUGCCCCAGGUAGUACACUUUGGCACCCUGGCCUGAGUGGCAGGAGCCGGAGGACCAAGAAGGUGGCAUCAGGACAUUGUGAAGAGCAAGGCCCCCAGAGGGCCCUUUGUGGCCAGGCCAGGCUUGGCCCUGAGAUCAUGAGGACCAUCCCUGAGGAGGAACUGACUGAGAACUGGAAGGAAAUGAGCUUUGAGAUCCUCAGGGGCUCUGAUGGGGAAGACUCAGCCUCAGGUGGGAAGGCACCCAUUCCAGCCCCAGAUACAGCCGUAGGAGAAUGUGAGGUCCUGAGACGAGACUCCAGCAAGGAGGAGCUGCUCAUCCCAUUCCCAGACAAGGAGCGCGACAGGGGCCUCAGUCCUCAGCUCCAGCUCCCCUCGGCCCCUGUAGCCAUUGGUCUUUCUACCCUGGAUUCCAUCUGUGACUCACUGAGCGUUGCUUUCCAUGGAGUCAGUCACUGCCCUCCUAGUGGGCUCUAUGCCCACCUCUGCCGCUUCCUGGCCUUGUGCCUGGGCCACCGGGAUCCCUAUGCCACUGCCUUCCUUGUCACCGACUCUGUCUCCAUCACCUGCCGCCACCAGCUGCUCACCCACCUCCACAGACAGCUCACCAAGGCCCAGAAACACCAAGGAUCACCCGAAAUGACAGAUCAGCUGCAGGGGCUGAGCCUCCAGAAGAGGCCUGGAGAUGUCCCCCUGGCCCGCAUCCAGCACCUAUUUUCCUUCAGGACUUCAGGAUCUGGCCACUUCCCCCAGUCUGAGAAGGAGAGUUUCCAGGAGCGCCUGGCACUGAUGCCCAGUGGGGUGACUGUAUGUGUGUUGGCCCUGGCCACCCUCCAGCCUGGAACCAUGGGCAACACCCUCCUGCUGACCCGGCUAGAAAAGGACAAUCCCCCAGUCACUGUGCAGAUCCCCACUGCACAGAGUAAGCUUCCUCUGAGUUCAGCCCUGAAAGAGUUUGACGCCAUCCAGAAGGAACAGAAGGAGAACAGCAGUUGCACUGACAAGCGAGAAUGGUGGACAGGUCGGCUAGAACUGGACCGUAGGAUGGAGGUUCUCAUCACUUCCCUAGAGAACUAUGUACUGGGCUGCUGGAGGGGGCUGCUGCUGCCAUCCAGUGCACAGCCCGGCCCUGCCCAGGAGGCCUCCCAUCUACAAGAGUUGCUGCAGGAAUGUGGCUGGAAAUAUCCUGACCCCACUUUGCUGAAAGUCAUGCUCAGUGGUGCCAGUAGGCUCACCCCUCAGGACAUUCAGGCCCUGGCCUAUGGGAUGUGCCCGAUCCAGCCAGAGCGAGCCCAACAGCUCCUCAACGAGGCAGUGGUACGUCUACAGGGCCAGACAGCAUCAAGUAAUAGGCACCUUGUCUUGGUGCUUGACAAGGACCUGCAGAAGCUGCCGUGGGAAAGCAUGUCCAGCCUCCGGGCACUGUCUGUCACCCGGCUGCCCUCCUUCCGCUUCCUCCUCAGCUACUCCAUCAUCAAAGAGUCAGGGACCUCAUCAGUGCUGAGCCAAGGAGUGGAUCCACGAAGUACCUUCUACGUUCUGAACCCUCACAAUAACCUGGCAAACACAGAAGAGCAAUUUCGAGCCAAUUUUAGCAGUGAAGCUGGCUGGAAAGGGGUGGUCGGGGAGGUACCAAGCCCCAAACAGGUGCAGGCAGCCCUGACAGAGCAUGAUUUAUACAUCUAUGCAGGACAUGGGGCUGGUGCGCGCUUCCUCGAUGGGCAGGCUGUUCUGCGGCUGAGCUGCCGGGCAGUGGCCCUGCUAUUUGGCUGCAGCAGUGCCGCCCUAGCUGUGCAUGGAAACCUGGAGGGAGCUGGCAUCGUGCUCAAGUACAUUAUGGCUGGCUGCCCCUUGUUUCUAGGUAAUCUAUGGGAUGUGACAGACCGUGACAUUGACCGCUACACAGAUGCUCUGCUGCAGGGCUGGCUUCGAGCAGGCCCAGGGGCCCCCCUUCUCUACUAUGUCAGCCAGGCCCGCCAGGCUCCCAGACUCAAGUAUCUUAUUGGGGCUGCACCUGUAGCCUAUGGCUUGCCUGUCUCCCUACGGUGA